UAGACAAAAAUCGAAAGUGAAACCUCGGGCUGAUACUCAAUCAGAAGGGAAGGCAACAUGAACUGAUCGAAUUUUAAAGUAAUUUUAGUUUUUUUGCUUAUAAAACAAUGCACCUUCUAAUUCGUGCUGGUUGUUACCCGUUUCGCCUUUUAAGAUAAACGUUUACUUUCUGCUGCAAACUGUUUUGUCGUCGACCUCAAAUAAUUUUCGCAUAUACUUCGGUUGGCCUUAUGGAUUGUUUGUUGCUGUGCCUAAAACCCAAAAAGAAAAGACCCACCGACGACGAACCGAAUCCGACGUUGUUCCCUGACCGACAAACCACUAACGUAAAAGAGAAUAAGAGGUCGUCGAUUCCUGACCGAGAACCCACCGAAGGCAGACAGAAUCAGGAGUCGAUCCCUGACCAAGAACCCACUGAAGACGGAGAGAAACAGCAGUCGAUCCCUGACCGAGAAACCACCGACGUAAAAGAGAAUCCCAGGUCGAUACCUAACCGAGAACCCACCGACAAGGAAGAGAAUGCUGGACACAAUGAACCUUACUGGGUGGAACGCACUGAUCUGUUGUAUUGUGAAUACGACACAACAUGGGAAACAUUAAAAGAUUCCCAAGGCGAUCGUCGACCCCGAGGCUCGACCCAGAGAGUUUAUGACUACGAAUUCAAUCGAUUCGAAAAUGCAGCAAAGGACAUGUAUAACUACAGGCAUGACUAUCCCCUCCCUAUGGGCAGAAGUUACCAUCGAGGAAAACAGGGGACAGACAUGCCUAAUUUAACAUUUUAUCUUGGAGAAAGGGCAUCUGAACCUGACGGUUUCUCCAUAGGCGAGUUUCAUAAAACAUGGCGUGGGGAUUAUUACAGACUGGAGAGAGUGCAAAGUUUCGUCCAAUGGAUUUUUCCACUGCAGGAGGUCGGAAUGAACGAUGAAGCCUUCGUACUGACCAAACAGGAGAUUAAGGCUUUCCUUAAAAACGAGACAGCUAAACUCAAUCUGCAGCAGUCCUAUGGGCUCAUGUUGGACUUCUACGGCAUUGAGCUCUUUAACCUGGAGACCGGAGCAGUCGGGAGAGCAUCAAACUGGCCGGAGAGAUUUGAAAAUAUGAACCGGCAUACUCACAACAACCUGCGCCUCACUCGCAUCCUGAAGUGCCUGGGGAACCUGGGCUUCAGGCACUACCAAGCCCCGCUGGUUCGCUUCUUCCUGGAGGAAACCCUUGUGCAAGGGAAGCUCCCCGCGGUCAAGGAGAGCGUGCUCAACUACUUCCUGUUUGCCGUGCUCGAUAAGGCACAGCGCAGAGAGCUGGUCCGCUUUGCCUUCUGGAACUACGAGCCCAGAGAGAAGUUCAUCUGGUGCCCCAAGAAGAUACAGGAGGCCUUCCUUCGGGAAGGAGGGCCGGCUCGUUGUUCCAACCCUGCAGACCCCUCCUUCCUUCGGGAAGGAAAAUACAGGAGGCCUUCCGUCGGAAAGGGUUGUUCCAACCCUGCAGACCCCCCACCUGAGGAACUGCGUCCAGUGGAAGAGGAGAACAACGACUUCAUUCAAGCUGAACUAUAAAUAGUUGUAAUAUGUAGUUAUUUCAUAAAUGUUAGAUAAUAUAAACAACAUUUUAUAUUAGAUAUAUGACAGCUCAUUGUGCCAAAUGCUUACGGUAAAUAAAUAAAAUACAUUUACUUCACUGAACUGCAUGUCAACUUUUUAAAUAUUCUUCACAAUGAAAUGUGAAAUUGAAAUCAUCCUUUGCUUAUCAUGUUCCGAAGCUGCCCUGUACAAUUUUAACCCUACAACCGCUUUUGCCCUGUGCUUUGAAUGCCAAUUGUGUGUUAGUUGACCCAGUUUAGCAUUGUUCUGGAGCUGUGGGGCAUUUCCACCCCAAAGAAAUGCAUGAAAAAUAAAUAUUGAAUUUUCCAUUUUGACAGCAAAGCUCGUUAAGGCCUUGAGGUAUUUACCCAACCCCUAACCAGAACGAUGAGGAAACCUUUUUUUUCCUACUCAUAAGUAAUCUUCUCCACAAAAAUAUGCUAUAGCUAUGAGGGAAAACUCAUGUUCUGUUGCUCUCCUAAUUAGAAGCAGAACAUGACGUUCAGACCUCAGGCCAAAGCGGGCACUUUUUGAGUCCGCUCUGACGGCUGUCACAGAACGGAUGUGAUGUGAGGAAAGGCAAAGGACGAAAGAAAAGUAGUCAAAAAAGGUUUAAUUGUGGAUUUGAGUUUCAACGAAAUCAACAUGUUGCAAUAACCGUCAAUUACCUAUUUUCUCCAAAGAGCCAUGAUAUUGAAAACCUCUGAAUUGUACACAUACAGUCAUACAGGUCAACUUUCACAUUAUCCGUCCAGGAUAUAUGGCUUUCAUUUUCUCUACUUAGAAAAAGUAUAGUUAAAAUCAGUAUAUAUACACACACAUUCGUAUUUACAAAAUGAAAUUUGACGGUAAGUGGAAAUUUGUUACUUUGCAUUUCGAUCCUUUAAAAAGAGCACAUACG